UUCCAUUUUGCUUAAUCAAAUUUUUUUAAUGAACAGGUAAAAGAAGAGACAGAUCGAGGUCACCAAUGAAUAUGUCAGUAGAUAGUGUUGGGCGCAGAAGGGAAAGUAAAAGUAACAAAGAUAACUCUAAAGGUGGGGACAUGCCUGUUAUGAAUAAUAUGAACCCAAUGAUGAUGGGCAGCAUGUAUCAACAAGGAAAUAUGAUGAUGGGUGGCAUGUAUCCAAACAUGAUGAUGCCAGGUGGGAUGAUGGCAGGUGGCAUGAUGCCAACUACAGGAAUGGAAAUUAUGCCAUCUACAGGCAUGGACAUGAUACCGCAACAGUCCAUGGAUAUGUCUGCUAUAGGUGCAGCGCCCAUGCCACCUUUGCCUCCAUCAGGUGGGACCCCAAUGGACAUGAACAUGAUGGGAGGCAUGAUGAUGGACCCAUCUUUGAUGGGCAUGUACCCCAAUAUGGGUACUAUGGGAGGAGAAAUGCCAAUUGAAAAGAAAGAGAUAGAGCUAAAACAUUGCAAACUGAUACCACCUGCCCCGGGAACCCCUAAUCCUCCUCGCAGAGAACGCCCCCCUGGCUGCCGCACCAUAUUCAUUGGAGGACUCCCAGACAAAAUAAGAGAGAGCAUAGUUCGAGAGGUGUUUGAAAAUUACGGAAGAAUUCAAACGCUACGACUGUCAAAAAAGAAUUUCUGCCAUAUAAGGUUUGAUAGAGAAUCAUGUGUUGAUGCUGCUAUGCUCAUAUCUGGCUAUCGUCUUAAACUUAUAAAUAAGGAUAAAGAUAAAAAUGAUGAGGAAGAAGAGGAGGAUAAUCACGCCAACAGCGGAUGGCUGCAUGUAGAUUAUGCAUUGAGCCGAGAUGACCAAAACGAGUAUGAAAGACGUCAAAGACAAAUGCAACGUGUGCAAGAGCAGCAAAUGCAACAGUUGACCGCACAGCAAGAAAUGGCUAGCAAAUAUAGCGCGCCAUCAUCAUCAUCUUAUAACCGACGAGCCCGAGAUGACUCCCCUGCCAGGAUUACACCAUUCUCCAAUCUUGCUAUCACCCAAAUUGCUGAGAAAAUAAAAAAUGAGGAGCAGUUUUCUAACACUUUACCAACAUUAGUGGCGUGGUUAGAAAGAGGAGAGUGUUCAAAGAAGAAUUCAAAUCAAUUUUAUUCCAUGAUACAAGCGACCAACUCGCACAUUCGUAGACUGUUUAACGAAAAAAUGCAAGCUGAAGAAGAGUUGCAAGACACCAAAGAAAGAGUUAAAAAUCACAUUGAGAAUGUGAUUAACCAGCUCGAACAGGUGGCGAAGGUAUUCACGGCCGCGACUCACCAGCGCGUUUGGGAUCAUUUCACCAAACCGCAGCGAAAGAACAUCGAGACAUGGCAGAAAAUGACUCAGGAAUUCAAUGCAUUGAAAGAGGAAUUCAAUGAGAAGUUCAUUGGCUCUGACGACAAUGAUGGUUUCAACAAUGGUGCAUACAAUAAUAUGAACCAAGGAUAUGGGAAUUCCAUGGGGAACUCUGGUGGGAUGGAUGAUGACACACAGAAUUUGAAGCGUGAGAACGACAGUCUACGUUUCCAACUGGAAGCAUACAAAAACGAAGUGGAUGUUAUCAAAGCAGAUGCUCAAAAGGAGAUGGAAAAAUUCAAAGCACAAUUCAUUGCUCGCCAAGCUUUGAACAGUCAUUUUGAGAAAAAUCCGCCACUGCCGCAACCUAUCGUGAAGCCUCCGCCGCCGCCGCCGCUGCCGGACGAUUUGGACGCCAAAGUACACUUGAAGGAGUCCGUGGAAGCUGGUUGUGGGGAAGCUAAAUUGAUCGGAGUGAUGUCUGCGUUCCUUCAGGUGCACCCGCACGGCGCGAGCCUCGACUACGUGGUCUCGUACGUGCGCGCGCUGUUCCCGCACGUGACGCAGGCCACGGUCCACCACGUGCUGCAGAAGCACGCCGACGUGUUCCAGUGCGCCACGCAGGGCGUCGGCGCCAACAUCGAGAAGCGGUGGCUAUUCAACGCCUUCGCCAGGGAUGACGUUAAGCCGCUUAUUGAUGGAUAAGUAAUGUUAA